GGAAGUGGAAGUGGGCACUGCCUGACCCGGAAGCGGGAGUUACGGCUGUUGCCUUCCUGGCUUGGGAGGAACGGAGUUGAAGUUGCGCUUUGGGGUCGCGCUCGGCUGAGGCUCCGCCGGCGGCGGUCACCGCGGGACGAUGAGGCGGGCAGAGAUGAAGCACGGAAAAUCGUCACAUCCAAAGGAUUUACUUGAAGUAGAAGAUCACUGACUACUACAAUGGAAAAGUCACGGAUGCUUUGGACCUUUGUUGAAAGAUGGCUACUAGCUUUGGCUUCCUGGUCUUGGGGUCUCUGCCGUAUUUCUCUUUUACCUUUGAUAGUAACUUUCCACUUGUAUGGAGGCAUCAUACUACUCUUACUAAUAUUUGUGUCAAUAGCAGGUAUAUUAUAUAAAUUCCAGGAUAUGCUGCUUUACUUUCCUGAACAGCCCUCUUCAUCACGCCUUUAUGUUCCUAUGCCUACUGGUAUACCACAUGAAAACAUCUUCAUCAAAACCAAAGAUGGAGUUCUUCUCAAUCUUAUUCUGCUGAGAUACACGGGGGACAAUGCAGCAUAUUCUCCAACCAUCAUUUACUUUCAUGGGAAUGCAGGCAACAUUGGCCACAGGUUGCCAAAUGCUUUGUUAAUGCUAGUAAACCUGAAAGUAAACUUAAUCCUAGUUGAUUAUAGAGGGUAUGGAAAAAGUGAAGGAGAAGCAAGUGAAGAAGGCCUGUACAUAGAUUCUGAGGCUGUGUUAGACUAUGUGAUGACUCGGUCUGAUCUUGAUAAAACAAAAAUUUUUCUCUUUGGCCGUUCCUUAGGGGGAGCAGUAGCUAUUCAUUUAGCAUCUGAAAAUUCCCAUAGGAUAUCUGCCAUCAUGGUUGAGAACACCUUUCUUAGCAUCCCACACAUGGCCAGCACUUUGUUUUCUUUCUUUCCAAUGAGAUACCUUCCUUUAUGGUGCUACAAAAAUAAGUUUUUGUCCUACAGGAAAAUCUCUCAGUGCAGAAUGCCUUCGCUCUUCAUCUCUGGGUUGUCUGACCAGUUAAUUCCACCAGUUAUGAUGAAGCAACUUUAUGAAUUAUCCCCAGCUCGGACUAAGAGAUUGGCAAUUUUUCCUGAUGGAACUCAUAAUGACACUUGGCAGUGCCAGGGAUAUUUCACUGCACUCGAACAGUUCAUCAAAGAUGUAAUAAAGAGUCAUUCCUCUGAAGAAAUGGCAAAAACAUCAUCUAAUGUAACAAUAAUAUAACUGAUAUUCUUCUUUGGUGUAGGGCUAUACCUGCACUGUGUCUUGAUUUGUGAGAAGUGGUAAAAGAAUGCCCAUUUUUAAAUGUAUGUCAUGUCUGUACUUGCCUGAAGAGUGAAAUUAAACUUUGAAAGGUCUGAUGCUUUAUUAAGAUGUUCCAGAUAACUUUUACAUUUGCAGCAUUGUAAAUGAACCAUUUUAUGUCUUUCUCAUACUUUUUUGAUAUCUGUCCAAAUACUCCAUUUGUUUGAUAUGUACAACAGUUGCUAUUAAAAGAAAAAAGAAAAAAAAAACAAAAAACUUGCUACAAGAAUAGUACAGAACAUGUUAGUUUAGAACAAUGGGAGGCUUCACUGCUGUAUGUGUGAGCUUUAUGGACAGUCAUGGUUAGCUCAAUGAUUUGUUGUUUCUUCUUGAGUUUAUUUAAAUUGUGCCAUGCAUGAGAUAGUUUUAUUCCUUGAAAUUUUAUAUUAUGCAAGGUGGGAAGUCUUUUAAUGUGCUAAAUAAUGUACAAUAACAUUAAUGAUAGUGUAUACUUACAAGUAUACCAUCCUUCAUUAUUUUUUUUAAAACAGUUAUACAUACACAUUUAUAUAUAUAUUUCAAACUGCAAUUGAAGAGGAAAUGACAUUUUCCCUGUUCUCAGUUUACUGUUUGUAUGAUAGUAUGGCCCACUUUUUAUUAUAAAGUUGUAAGUGGCUGAACAUGAUGGCUGGUGGAUUUUGCCCAGGCAGUUUCUUCGUAAAAGAUAGAGGUAACACUCAAAAAGAGAGCAGUAUGAUUUGACUUCUAAAGGUCCUCUCCAACUAAAUCUCUCAUCUGUUUGCCUGCAAGUUAGUGUUGAUGUUGUCAGCCCAUAUAGCUGAGGUAGGAUUUCCUAAGGCGGAGUGGUCAGCGUGAUGGAUGGAAGCAUCACGCAAGUUACCUAUUUGUGUUUGGUUUUAAAUAUCCGUGCCCUUUGUUUCUUUUGGAGGUAUAAAUAAAUCUAAAUAAAUACCAGUGAUUACAGUUGGGGAGUAACAUAGACUGGCGUUACAGUAAGAGUAAUAAGAAUGAGCAGCACGUUAACAGCUAUAAGAUUAGUUGGAGAACAUUAAUACUCUCUUGCUUAUAAAACAAAUUUAAUUUUUUUUGCACUUCUGUCACAUGGUGUGAAAGUGGCCAAUGCAUAGGCAGUAGAACUGAGUUUUCUUUAGUUAUACUGGAAUUUUUUAGGAUUGUAUCUCAUCAUAUCAGAGCCAGCAAUGCUCUGAAUGAGCCUGAUUCUGACUCGAUGUUGGGUUUUGGCUUUAUCCAAGUAAUCUUUCCAAACUUGCAUGGUAUUAGUUCAGUUUAAUGGGGUGUGUUGUGUAAAUUAUUCUACAGAUUGAAUUGCCCAUCUGCUGCAGCUGAGAGUUUGCCUCUUCAAUUUUUAUGGGAAGAGCUGUGGAAAAGUCUUCCACCAACACCAAAUCUGUACAAUUUCCCUCGAGGUUGAAAUUUUUAAAUAAAAUUAUUUUUUCACCAUGAUGCUGUGAUUCAGAAAAGCAUCAGAAUAUUUUAAGCUUGAGCAUAAGUUCUUUUGUUGAAUAAAACUGCUUUCCUGAACUAGUA